ACUCGAUGAUCUCUGGCCACUGGUUUCUCAUGUUUUGAUGUGAGCGGAGCGAGAGACCGUCUCCUGCAUAUUACGAGUAUAACUCCAUGCAACUACCCAAGUCGUGUAGUACCAGCGCAAGAUCAAGACUGGAAGGCGCGAAGCACCUUGAUGCGCCUUCGGACAAACAAACAAUACGGAAGGUGGGCACGGCGUGAUAAGACAGUACAACUGAUGUUGUUUGAAUCACAUCCCUCAUAAUCUGAGCCUCUCAAACGAGUGUAAACAUAAAAGCGUCAAUCUCAUCACUGAAGGGACAGAAGCUUGUGAGCGAUGGCUUCCCUCUUCAAGAACAAAAAGAGCCACAAGGAAGAGCAUCAGUUUCCUGAAACACUUUCUGGCUUUGGAUAUGAAUUUAAUAAAGAUGGCAAGCUUCAAAACUCAAAAACAGGAGAAGGAUUUCAGUUUGUUGUUAAGGAAGGGGACCAAGCCUAUAACCAGAGGCAUUAUGAAGCAUUAGGAGAGGUGGUGACAGAUGAGAUAUACAAGCUGCUGGAAUCAGAGUGCAAUCUGAAGAGAGCUCCUGUGCCUUAUGAUGCAACAGAGGACGAUGAUAGCACCUUUGUAUUUCACUCAGACGAUGCACUGAGCAACCCCGACAAGCUGCUGGUGCUGAUCCAUGGCAGUGGUGUUGUGAGGGCUGGCCAGUGGAGUCGUAGGCUGAUCAUCAAUGACUCCCUGAAGUCUGGGUCACAAAUUCCAUUCAUCCAGGAGGCUCAGAAGGAAGGCUACGGCAUCCUGGUCACCAACACUAAUGAUAACUACCGGAACAACAGAGGCAAGAUUAAGAGCAGUGAGAACCCAGAGUCUCAUGCAUUACAUGUGUGGAAGCAUUACAUUCAUGGUGCCAAGGCAAAGCACAUUGCCAUCAUUGCACACAGCUAUGGUGGGUGUGUGGUGACCUCACUGUUCACACGAGUCCAAGAAGAGUUCACCAGGAGAGUGUUUGCUGUGGCCAUGACUGACUCAGUCCACUACAUGUCUGACACCAGCCCCUUCAAGGAUCUGGUGAAGGUGUCCCGGAACUGGGUGUGCAGCCAGGAGCCUCUAGACACACCUGUUAAGACACACUCAGGUGACAUCACUCGGGUGUCAGCAGGUGUGACAGUCCACGAGCAGACAUCUUGGGCCAGCUUCACCAGCAUCUUUAAGUUCCUGAGAGAGAGACUGAGUGCAGUAAAGGGUGAUGUGGCAGUGACUUGCAGUGAAGGGGGAGGAGGAGAGGACACCUCAGAAGCCACAAAUGAGAAGAGCUGUGGGAAGGGAGACAAAGGAGGAAGCUGUGUGACUGAGGAAGAGGAAAAGGAAGAUGCUAAGAAAAUGAGGAAGGAUACUUAAUGGAAGGUAUUGAUGGGUAAUGGAAGAUAGGUAAAGGUAGAUAAGUGGAGGUGAACUUUUAUAGAUGCCUUGAAGAGGAUGGGUAGAAGAAGAGGGGAUGUUAUUUUGCCUUAAAUUAGAUUACAGUUUGGCUUAAUUUCGGCUGUGAUUUAUAUUGUGAAGUAGAUCCAUUGUAACAUAGACUGGUUUCUGGAUUGUUACGUACUUAGUAUGCACUACUGAUUCGCUCUUACUUGGUGCAUGUUUGGGUCACUCAAUGUGUUUGUGGAGUGUAGAUGGAAAGUUAGUGUUGUAGAAUUCUGGGUUAUGUUGUGCUUCUGUUUCUAUACUCUUCCUUCUUCAUAUCUUCUUUCUAUAUUUCUUCCUUCUCUAUUUCUUCUAUCUUUCUUCCUUCUUCAUUUCUUUCCUAUUUUUCUUCCUUCUACUUUUCUUCCUUCCUCCUUCAUUUAAUCUUCCUAUCAUUUCUUUUUCCUCUUUCAUAACCUCCUUUCUUCCUUCCUCCUUCACAUCUCCCUUUUGCCUUUCUUGCUUCUUGUUGCAUAUUCUUCCUUCUUUCCUGCUUCAUCUCAUGGUGUUCCUUGGGUGACAACAGCUGCGUACUGAACACUUAAGUGAUUGAGGUGUGGGUGGUAUUAGAGGUUGAGUUGUAGUGAUGCUGGUGGUGAAGAUAACUUGUGCUUGAAAGACAGUGCAGUCAUUACUUACAUAGCAGCAAUAUGUUAAUUAUAAUCUUAGGCAUAGUGUUAAUUUAUGAUAAUGUGAAAUUAUUGAUGGCUUUAUGCUUCAUCUUGGCUUAUUUAGUGCUUCCAAGUUGUGGUCUUAUUUUUGUUAUUCAUGUAAAAUUCUAAGUCUAAGAAGUUUUAUUAUAAGUGUAGCUGCUAAGUAAUGAGUAUAACAUGUGGCAUUAUUGAGUACUAAUUAGUAUUUGUAAGGUAAGCUAGUUAUUUCUAUUAUGUUCAAUAUCAAGAUUUUUACUCCAAA